UCUCAAGACCUCAAGUCCCAAGUCCCAAACCCCCCCCCCCCCUCCCACCCCCUUCUCUGUCCUCAGUUUGUGCACCUAGACUAUCUCAUAAAUCAAACACAGAGACAAAGAGAGUGAUUUUCAUUAGAAGGGCAUUUUCUUGGAGAUGUGCACAAGGCCAUUAAUGAGAUGUUUACGAGGGGAGGGUGGUGGAGAUGGGCUAUUAUGGCAUAUGGACUUGAAACCUUACGCUUGUGGAGAUUAUUCAAUUGCUGUGGUUCAAGCUAACUCCUUGCUUGAGGACCAGGGACAAGUGUUCACUUCUCCUUCUGCUACUUAUGUUGGUGUUUAUGAUGGCCAUGGCGGCCCUGAGGCUUCUCGCUUUCUCACUCACCAUUUGUUCCCUUUCCUCCAUAAGUUUGCAACAGAACAAGGAGGAUUAUCUGCAGAGGCGAUAAGAAAGGCAUUUGAUGCUACAGAAAUGGAAUUCUUACAUUUUGUAAAGGAAUCAUCGAUAGCUCGGCCUCAGAUGGCAUCUGUGGGUUCUUGCUGCCUUGUUGGGGCAAUAUCAAAUGAUGUUUUAUAUGUGGCAAAUCUCGGGGAUUCGAGAGUAGUGCUUGGUAGAAAAGUAUCUGAAGGCAAGGAAAAUAGUGCAGUGGUGGCAGAAAGGUUAACUACUGAUCACAAUGUCAGCGAUGAGGAGGUGAGGAAGGAGGUGGAGGCACUCCAUCCUGACGAUGCACAUAUUGUGGUUUAUACUCGUGGAGUUUGGCGGAUAAAGGGCAUAAUUCAGGUUUCAAGAUCAAUAGGAGACAUCUAUUUAAAGAAACCUGAGUUCAACAGAGAUCCUCAUUUUCAGCCAUUUGGAUUUCCUUUUCCUUUAACAAGGCCUGUGAUGACGGCAGAACCAUCAAUACUGAUGAGAAAGCUAAAGCCACAAGACUUGUUCUUGAUAUUUGCAUCAGAUGGUCUUUGGGAGCAAAUAAGCGACAAAACAGCCGUCGAUAUAGUUUUGAGAAGCCCCCGAUUUGGAAUAGCAAAGCGAUUGGUGAGAGCUGCCAUCCAGGAGGCUGCAAGGAAAACAGAAAUGAGAUAUGAUGAUAUAAAAAGAAUUGGAAGAGGAGGGAGACGCCAUAUCCACGAUGAUAUCACUGUCAUUGUGGUGUAUCUAGAUGAUCCACUACGUUCUUCAAAUGGUAGAUUGGCUCAUAGUCUUGUUGACUAUACAUGCUCCCCUGUUGAUAUCUUCUCAUUGAACGAAGAUGAAGCCCAAGACUAGCUUCAAUUCUCUGAACGAAAUACUAGACGUUGGCACCCAUAUCUUGUGAAUAGAAAGGGAUAUACACUGCAUUUGAGAGGUCAGGAUGGAGCUCUGAAAUAAUGAUGGUAUGACAGGGUUGAUCAGUAUCCUCAUGUACACGCAACGAUGCCAAGUUGAAGCUUCUGCUGACUUGUUAGUCGGGUUUUGAGCUCGUUCAUAGAACAGUAUAUUAUAGCUUGAUUUCAAAGCUCUUGCCUUCUCUUUAUAUAUAUAUAUAUAUUUUAUUGCAGAUGUUUAAGAAAGUUUAGGAAAUCGGAAGAUCACUUGCAAUUGAAUUGAAAUAUAUAUGUAUAUAUGUGUGUGUAUGACCUCAAUUUGGCAUAAUGUUCUCUUCCGGGAAUAUACAGAGAUGAAACAAGUUGACAGUAUAAUAUACUCUUGCUAGCUUUAGAUAAUGCUACCA